AUGUCCGGACCGAACUGGCAGGAAGAGGCCAUGCGCCGCCUCCGCCAAAUGCAGCAAACCACCGGAGGUCGCGGUGGCGGCGUUCCUCCAAGACUGCCUCGCGGCUCAGGAGCUGCUGCUCUUGCCGGUACGCUCAUGGUUGCUGGUGGCUUUGUCUUCUCGAAUGCCCUUUUCAACGUCGAUGGUGGUCACCGUGCCAUCAAGUACACAAGACUCGGUGGUGUGAGCAAGGAGAUCUACAAUGAAGGUACUCACAUCAACAUCCCCUGGUUCGAGACCCCCGUCGUCUUCGACGUUCGCGCAAAGCCCAGAAACGUCGCCUCUUUGACCGGUACAAAAGAUUUGCAAAUGGUCAACAUUACCUGCCGUGUCCUCUCUAGACCACAGGUUGAGGCUCUUCCUCAAAUCUACAGAACCCUGGGCCAGGACUACGACGAGCGCGUCUUGCCUUCCAUUGUCAACGAAGUGUUGAAGAGCGUCGUUGCGCAGUUCAACGCCAGUCAGCUCAUCACCCAGCGUGAGAUGGUUGCCAAGCUCGUCCGUGAGAACCUGUCUCGCCGUGCUGCUCGCUUCAACAUUCUCCUCGAUGAUGUCUCCCUCACUCACCUCGCCUUCUCUCCCGAAUUCACGGCCGCCGUCGAAGCUAAGCAGGUUGCUCAACAAGAGGCGCAGCGUGCCGCCUUUGUUGUCGAUAAGGCUCGCCAAGAGAAGCAAGCCAUGGUUGUCAAGGCCCAGGGUGAAGCCCGCUCUGCUGAGCUUAUUGGUGACGCUAUCAAGAAGAACAAGGCUUACGUCGAGCUCAAGAAGAUUGAGAACUCGCGUCUGAUUGCCCAGCAGCUUCAGGAGUCUGGUUCCAAGAACAGAUUGAUGCUUGACUCUGAUGGUCUCGGCCUGAACGUCUUUGACGACUCUGAGAAGAAAUAA